AAAAGCUGUUCUUCCCGAUUCCCAUCAAACAAUUCUCAAAGCUCCCGCCCCCACCUCACCGAGAACCGACUUUAAACCGAGAGCUAAUCCAAGAGCCGCCCCCGAUUAAACUGGGGAAAGUCAAGCCAGAGACAGUCGGAGCUGCGAAAUCCUGGGACAGCUAUAUCCUGGGAAGACCUCCGCACACGUUUACAACAUUCCAGAAAGAGAGGAAGAAAAAAUCCCAGUGACGGGAGGGGUGUGUGUGAGACCAGUUAGACAGAACUCUGUUCGCCACAGAGACUACACUUCCAACUUUUCAACAGUUUGUUCAUUUCACCGCGUCACUUUCACACUCUCUUCCGUCCUCUUCCAGAUCACUUCCACUCUCUCCUCUUCCAGAUCGCUUCCAUCCUCUCUCUCCUCUUCCAGAUCACUUCCACACUCUCUCCCCUCCCAGAUCACUUUCACUCUGUCUCCCCUCCCAGAUCACUUUCACUCUGUCUCCCCUCCCAGAUCACUUGCACUGUCUCUCCCCUUCCAGAUCACUUCCACUCUCUCUCCUCUUCCAGAUCGCUUCCAUCCUCUCUCUCUCUUCGGAUCCGUUUCACACUCUCUCCCUUCUCUUUUAGGUCAGUUUCACUCUCUCUCUGUCUCUCCCUACCUACUCCCAGUCCACCCCCCACCACCCUCCCGUGCAGGUCACUUCUUAGGAUGAGUACUCCCCUGCUCCCGGGCCUGUGUGUCCUGUUCUCCCUGGUUCUCUGUGAGCCGGGCCCCCUCUCCGAUGUUCUAGUUGACAGAUACUUCAUCCCGGCCGAGUGCUCCCGGCAGGUUCAAAGCGGAGACUUCAUCCGUUACCACUACAACGGCACCUUCGCGGAUGGCAAGAAAUUCGAUUCAAGCUAUGACCACAGCAAUACCUUCAACGUUGAAGUAGGAAAGGGGCGCCUCAUCCCAGGAAUGGAUAAAGCUGUCCUUGGAAUGUGUGUCAAUGAAAGGCGACGUAUUGUCAUUCCCCCCCACCUUGGAUAUGGCAGCCAAGGAGUCGACAAUGUCAUCCCUCCAGAUACCACUCUGUACUUUGACAUCAUUCUCCAUGAUAUCUGGAACCAUAAUGACAAGGUGCAAACAAAGACUUUGCACAGACCCGCAGUUUGCAACCGCACAGUGCAGAGCUCCGACUACGUCCGAUAUCAUUACAAUGGCACUCUGCUCAAUGGGACACUCUUUGAUUCAAGCCACAAUCGCAUGAGUACGUAUGACACCUAUGUGGGCAUUGGCUGGUUGAUCAAGGGGAUGGAUGAAGGGCUCCUGGGAAUGUGUGUAGGAGAGAGAAGAAUGAUCAUCAUCCCUCCUUUCCUGGCCUACGGAGAGACUGGGUAUGGCAGUGACAUUCCCCCACAGGCCAGUUUGGUAUUUGAUACCCUGCUGCUGGAUCUCCACAACCAGAAUGACACAGUCUCCAUAGAGAAGCUGGCUGUCCCAGAGCCCUGCACUCGGCAAAUCGAGACUGGAGACUUCAUCCGCUACCACUACAAUGGCACUCUGUUGGAUGGAACCUUCUUCGACUCUAGUUACUCACGGAAUCAUACAUACGACACGUAUAUUGGAAUGGGUUAUGUUAUUUCUGGUAUCGACCAAGGCUUGCUGGGAGCGUGUAUGGGAGAGAUGCGGCGAGUCAUCAUCCCCCCACACCUGGCUUAUGGACAGGAUGGUGUUGCCAAUAAGAUUCCGCCCUCUGCUGUGCUGGUCUUUGAUGUUCACAUCAUCGAUUUCCAUAAUCCAAAGGACAAAGUGCAAAUCCAACCUUACUUCAAGCCAGGUGCCUGCAACAGGACAUCACAAGUCAAUGACUAUGUGACUUAUCACUACAAUGCUUCUCUCAUGGAUGGUACCCAACUCUACACCUCCCGUGAGUUUGACAGUCCUCCAACUUUAAUCCUGGGCUCCUCGAAAACAAUUGAAGGGUUGAGUCAAGGCUUGCUUGACAUGUGUAUCGGAGAGAAACGGAUUUUGACAGUACCACCGCAUCUUGGCCAUGGAGAGAAGGGAGCUGGAGACAUACCAGGCAGUGCAGUGCUGAUGUUUGAUGUUGAACUGCUCGACAUGAAGCCAGGGGUCCCAGAGGGUUAUCUGUUUGUUUGGACUGAUAAACCUCCAGCCAAACUCCACGAGGAGCUUGAUAGCAACCAGGACGGAGAGAUCUUACUUGAAGAGUUUACUCGUUAUAUCAUGGCACAGGUUGAUCAAGGCACAGGUCGUCUCUCACCAAUCGAUGAUCCUGACAAACUAAUCAAUGACAUGUUUAAAAACCAGGACCGCAACCAGGAUGGGAAGAUCACUCCAGAAGAGCUCAAACUGAAGACUGAUGAGGACAACGAACGGAUUGUGAAAGAUGAGCUCUGAAUAUCUCACAUACUAAAAAACUUUCCAGACUUUCCCAAAGCAAGCGCCCUGUAAAUAUAACAUUGGAAGAGAAGGUUUUCAAUUCUCUAUUCCAUUUACUGAUUUAGUUUAAUGGCCCCAUUUGCAUUUUUUUCUUGUCUCCCUUUUCUGUAGCUUGUUUUGACUUUCUCCUUGUGAGGUUGUCCCCUCUGCAUAGUUGGCUCAGGAUCAAUGAUGCUAGGAUUGAUUGUCCUCCUUUCUAGGUAAGGUCUGGGGACACUAAACAAUGAUUACACCUGCAUUAAUAACUCUGUGUUGUGUGGGUGUGCACCUGUGUGUCAAGUAUUUAGAAAUACGCUAAGGGGGAAAAUUGCCAAAAAUUGACCUGGCAGCUCUCUGUGAAUCUCAAAUUCUCAAUGGAAAGGUCCAAAAAACAUCCACAACAAACUGUAGAAACUGAGUUCUUAAUACUGCAUUUGGAAACAGUGAUUUUGAGAAAGUUACUCUUUCCAAUCCCCCCCAUCCCAUCAGCUGUGACUCCCUAAAGUUUUCACAGCAGUAACCACAAAACUACUCAAAUUCAGGGAAUGAGUCACACAUGGGGGUGCCUUUAAUGCUUUGGGAGAAUUGUCUCUCUAUCCAGGACACACACGGUCUUGGUUGAGGUCUCUUGUUCCCUCAAUCCUGUCCUGACUGAGUUCAGUGCCUUUCACUGGCUGUGUCUGUUGUAUGGAGACAGGUGCUUGAGGCUACGCCUGGACUUACACCCAUCCUUGGCUUCAGUUGUUAUAAAGUUCCAGGUCUCCUGUUCAGGACAUUUCUCAUCCUUUUUAGAAAUAUGUUUGCGCAUUGAGCAGAUUUUGGGAAGAGUGUUUGUGGAGUGAAGCUGUGGUCCCUGAUCUCCAAUGGAAACUUUGAUAUUUGAUGCUGUAAGGAAGUGGGGAAUUUCCACAUCGUUUGAAAAAGGAUAACUAAAUGGAUUUCUUGUAUAAAAUAUUAUAAACUUUUAUCAUCAUUUU